UUUUGGAGUUCAGCGACAGAUACAUUCGCCGACAGCCUGGCAAAUUGUCUGCAUUCUUUUGCUGUGUAUCAUUCCUUCAGUUGCAAGCGUGAAAAAUAAGAAUGUCUGAACAAAAGUAUGAUUUUGUUGUUUUUGGUGCCAGUGGGUUUACAGGACAGUUUGUAGUGGAAGAGAUUGCUCGAAUUGCUGACGAGGAAGCUGGUUUGACAUGGGCGGUUGCUGGACGAUCUAUGGAAAGAUUACAGAAAAUUUUGGAAAAAGCAUCAAAAGCUACAGGUAAAGAUCUUGAAAGUGUUCCAAUCAUUGUAGCAGAUACUGGCUGUGAUGAGUCUAUUUUAGAAAUGACAAAGCAAGCUAAAAUUGUGCUUAACUGUGUUGGACCAUACCGUUUCCAUGGGGAGAGAGUUGUAAAAGCAUGUAUUGAAGGUGGAGCCAGUCAUUUAGAUAUAAGUGGUGAACCACAGUACCUUGAGAGAAUGCAGUUGAUGUAUAAUAAUAAAGCUAAAGAAGCUGGUGUGUAUAUAAUAGGAACAUGUGGCUUUGAUAGCAUACCAGCAGAAAUGGGAGUUGUAUUUGCACAAAAGAAGUUUCAAGGUGAAAUCAAUUCCAUUGAAGCUUAUCUGGACUUUGAAGCAAAAGAGGGUUUAGUAGGUAAUGUGACAACAUUAGAAUCAGCUGUUUAUGGCUUUGCUCAUGCUUAUGAGCUGAAGAGUUUAAGGCGUUCUCUUUAUCCAGAACCAUUACCAAAGCCAAGUUUUAAACUUCAAAAACGAGGUGCUGUACAUAAAAAUGAAGUUGUCAAUAAGUACUGUGUACCUUUCAUGGGAAGUGAUAAAUCAGUGGUCAAUAGAACACAAAGAUAUAACUAUGAACACAACAAACAGAGACCGAUUCAGUUUGAUCCUUACAUAGCUUGUUCAGGAAUAUUACAGCUGAUCGGAAUGAUGGUGUUUGGUAUUAUAUUUGCUGUUUUGUCUAAGUUUAGCUUUGGACAGAGUCUUCUCAUCAAGUAUCCUGAAAUUUUUACAUUUGGUGCCUUCAAGAAAUCUGGACCAACCAAAAAACAGAUUGAGAAUACUUCAUUUUCCAUGACACUUGUAAGUAAAGGAUGGAGUACUAAGUUAGAGGACCCAGCAGAACAACAUACAGACAAACCUGAAGUCGUCUCUAUAACCAAAGUCUUUGGACCAGAACCUGGAUAUGUAACAACCCCUAUUUGUAUGGUACAGUGUGGACUGGUUCUCUUGAAAGAGAAGAGUAAGAUACCCAAAGGUGGUGGAGUACUGACACCAGGUUCUGCCUUUGCUGAAACUAGUUUAAUUGACAGACUUCAGAACCACAACAUUAAAUUCCAAGAGGUUAAAGAGUAAACGGUGCUGUAGAGUUCAUUGGUUCAAUUGUAGAAAAAAACAAUUAUUAUUUCUUAUUGUAAGAUUAGAAUAUAUACUUUACAUUCAUUCUUUUACUCACUGCUGCAAAAACUGAAAAUCAUGGAAUUCAUUGUUAUAAUUUGAAACAAUACUAAAAUAAAUUCAUAAAUAGAAUUAGUGUUCAAUGCUAAUUCAAUAGAUUCCAAUAUAUUGUGAUAUGUGCCUUUGGAAAACAUAGCAUGUCAGUUGGUCUCCCAAAUUUAGAAGUUUUGUUAUCUAAAAAACUUGGUUUUAUAAACCUCAAUGAACAAGAUCUAUUAUCAGACACCAAUAUCAAAGAAAUCUAAGAAAAUUAAUCGGGUACUUCAUGAAAAAAAUCUGAAGAUUGCCUGUUCUUAUAAUUCCUUCUUAAGGUCAAGGGAAGAUAACUCAAAUUACCUUUCUAAAGCCUUAAAUUUUGAUGUAAAAAAAAAAAUAUUU